GGUUAAAACGUACAUAUGGGAUCCAGACCGGAUAUCACCCACCCGACAAAUCAUUGUUCGGUUGGUACGUAAUCCACAUGACUCAUAGGGUGGAUUAUCGAUUCUUGUGUUCUGCAUUAAACUAUUUAUAGUUUAAGGGCCUGGUGCGUGCUUAGCCAUGGAGGUGGAUUUGGUAACAGAUGAAAUGCCGGAAGAUGAAAGAUAUGACAUUGAUGAAAAUUUUGAUGUGAGUUUUGAUCUUCUAUUUACAUUAGAAUACGUAGAAUUUUCCACUUUCGAGAGUGAAAGAUGUGGCAUAUGUAUGAAUACAGUCAUUGACAGAGGAGUUCUUGAUUGUUGCCAACAUUGGUUCUGUUUUACAUGCAUUGAUAACUGGGCUACCAUCACAAACCUAUGUCCACUCUGUCAGAUUGAAUUUCAAUUGAUCACUUGUGUGCCGGUUUUUGAUACCAUUGGAGGGAACACGAUUGAUGAUGAUUCAUAUUCCAGAGAUGACGACUGGUCCAUCGAAGGAAAUAAUAAUACUCUCUCGUUUCCGUCUUACUAUAUUGAUGAGAAUGCAGUUGUCUGCUUAGAUGGAGAUGGCUGCAAAGUCCGGAGUGGAUCAGCAGGAAUUGAGGAUGAUUCAAAUCUUGACACUUCAAUUGCUUGUGACUCAUGUGAUAUAUGGUACCAUGCUAUUUGUGUUGGAUUUGAUCCUGAAGGAACUUGUGAGAACUCAUGGUUAUGCCCAAGAUGUGUUUCUGAUAAUGUCCCUGGCAAGCUGGAUGUAUCCAAGUCCCACAACCAAUGCAAUCUAGAGACUGCAAGUAGUAACCCCUCAACUGAGGAUGUUUUAUCUGGAAAAGUGUGUGUUUCUGUUGCCGAUGAUGGUGAGACUGCCAUUGUUGUCUCAAUGAUUGAUGGAUAUCACGAGGCUGAAGCAUUGGAUGGACAAAUCUUGACCUCACAUUUUAGCAAAGACGUGGAAACUGACACAAUAGCAUCUACUUCUGUUGUUGAUACUUCCAAUUCAGUAUUGAAUGACACACACUGUACUGUGCCAAACAUGAUGGUAGAGGACCAAGAACAUACCUCUUCACCACAGAAGCAUUCAGAUUUAAGUUCAUAUUCUGUUGCAUUGGCUAAUGCUAAGAUAAACAGUAAAGAUCAAGUACCAUGUGGAAUUCCACUCAUAAAUAGAUCCGCUCAGCGUAUUAACAACAGAGUGAUAGAUCCUGGUUCAGAUCUUGAUCUUGGUUUAACAGUGGAGUCUUAUGCAGAAGGGUUUCCUGUAAAUGAGUCAGAUGACAAGGUGACAUUGGAAAAGAAGGAAGUUCUCGUAGCAAUUACCGGUUCUAAGAGAAAACACAAAGAAAUCAGAGAUACUGAAAGGGGAAGAAGUAAAGGUAAGAGUGAGAAUCCAUCUCACUUGAAGAAAGUGAAAGUUGAGGCCCCUGAACAAGUUGGUCGUAAGGACCAAACAGUUAUAGGUGCCUUAAAUUCUGUGUCCAGAUCAAGUGUAACUAAUCCUAAAGUUAGCAAGCCAAAAUGCAUAUCAAAAAAGGAAAGUGCAGAAAUUGAUAUUAUGGAUAUAGUUCAGGAUACAAAUUGGAAGUCUGUGAAGAAAGGUACACGAGGCCAUCCUGAUGGUAUGCCCUGUAAACAGAGGGGGAAUGCAGCUGGUUUGCGGGUCAAAAAAAUAAUGAGACGAGUUGAUGGUGGAGAUUCAUCUGUAUUAGUACAAAAGUUAAGAAAGGAUAUCAGAGACGCAGUCCAUGGUAAAUCCACUGAGGAGUUUGAUAGAAACGUUUUUGAUAAAAAACUUCUAGCUGCUUUUAGAGUUGUAGCUGCACCAACAACUGAAACUAUGAAGUCACAUCUGGAUAUGAAGGCAAAGCAGUCAUUCUUGCAGAAGGGAAAAAUUCGUGAAAACCUAACCAAAAAGAUUUAUGGGAUUGGGGGGAGGAGACAACGAGCAUGGGCUCGAGAAUGUGAGAUUGAAUUCUGGAAACACCGCUGCCCAAAAUCAUCAAGGCCCGAAAAAAUUCAAACCUUAAAGUCAGUUCUUCACCGCUUAAAAGAUGAUUCUGAGAAUGCAGAGGUAAAGCAUGCAAAUGGAGAGACAACAAGCUCCAUCCUAUCAAGGCUAUAUUUGGCAGAUACUUCUGUUCUUCCUAGAAAUGAUAGCAUUAAGCCUGCUUCUGCCCUUAAUGAUAUGGAUAACUGUGAGCAGAGGACAAUAAAUGGCCCGCCUGCAAAUGCUCUCUCACCAUCUCUCCCAAGUCGUGUCAACACAGUUCUCCAAACCAAUGAACCUAAAAUACUUUCUAAUCUUAAUAAGAAAUAUGAUUCUUCAUCCCAAGCACAUUUGAACAAAUGCCAAGAAGGGUCAUCCAACUCCACAUCAAUCAGCUCCAAUGUACCUUCCAAAGGGGAAUCUGUCACUCCUGAAAAUACAAAGUCUGAUAAAAGGAAAUGGGCUUUAGAGCUUCUUGCAAGGAAAACUUCAGGUGCUGGUAAGAAUACAACCAGGGGGAAUGCAGGGGAUAAUGCUGCACUCAAACCAAAUUACCCCUUACUAGCUCAACUUCCAAAAGAUAUGCUGCCUGUUUUGGCGCCCAGCCGUCACAAUAAGGUUCCCAUGUCAAUCAGGCAGGCUCAACUUUACCGCCUUGCAGAACAUUUCUUAAGAAAAACAAAUCUUGCAGCUAUUCAUAGGACUGCAGUAACAGAGUUAGCUGUUGCUGAUGCCAUAAACAUUGAGAAGGAGGUUGCUGACAAGUCAAAUAGCAAAUUAGUAUAUAUUAAUCUCUGUUCUCAGGAGCUACUUCGUAGAUCAGAUAAUACCACAUCUGACAAAGUGACAGGGUUGAAUCCUGGGCAAUGUACUGAAAUGCCAUCUAAUAAUAUAUCAGAAUCGUCAAUUGAGAAUCAAUAUGCUGACCCUGAAGUCAAUGAGGCUCUAGAAAAUGCCGGGCUUUUGUCUGACUCUCCACCAGGUACUCCACAGAGGCCUAUCGAGCAAAUCAAAGUCCUGAAUUGCUUCUCAAAUGAGGUUGAUGAUGAUGGACCAUCUGAUGUUUUUGAGGCUGAAGCUCCUCCUCCGGAUCUUGAUAUUUACGGGGAUUUUGAUUACAAUUUGGAAGAUAAUUUUGCGGUUGGUGUUAACAGUUCUGGGAUCAUUCCUGAGCCACAGCUCGGAGAAGAAGCUAACAAAUUGAAAGUCAUAUUCUCUACACUUAACCCUGCUGAUACAUGUACUGUAACUCUUGAAAAACCGAAUAUUGAAAUAGAUGAAACUGUUGAAGGUCCCAAGGAUUCUUCUUGCUUGGCUGACAAAGUUGUUUUGAGCACUUGUUCAUCAGUUAAUACUGACGAUAGAGACAACUGUGUCCCUCAUAGUUCCGUUGUCGAUGGUGGUGAGGAGCUUUCUAUUAUGGAUUGUGAGGAAUUGUAUGGACCUGAUAAAGAACCACUCAUCAAAAAAUACCCUGAGAUGGCAUCAAUGAAGCCACCUGAGCUGGUAAUUGAUAAUCAAGUCUCACAAAGGAACAGGGACUGUGAAUCAAGCGUAGCACCCAAUUCAUCUAAUAAGCAAGAAAGUAAGAGUGGCGUGAAUAAUUUGGAAUCUGCUGCUUCUUCAGAGGGUCCUGCAAUCACAGAAAAGAAUUCACCUAAAAAAAAUCGCAAAGGGAGUGAAAAUGCAAAAAGAGGGGACCCUUUAGCUAAAUCCAAUACCAGAAAGGAAUCAGAUAAGACCAAUCCCGUCUCAAGAAAGGUUGAAGCUUAUAUCAAAGAGCAUAUCAGACCACUAUGCAAGAGCGGCGUGAUUUCAGUCGAACAGUACAGGUGGGCUGUGGGCAAAACUACUGACAAAGUUAUGAAGUUUCAUUCAAAAGAUAAAAAUGCUAAUUUUCUCAUCAAAGAAGGUGAGAAAGUUAAGAAACUUGCAGAGCAGUAUGUUGAGGCUGCACACAAUAUGCCAAAGAAGGAAUAGGAAAGAAAAUAAUAUUCAGUCGAUGUAUAGCUUUUUCUUUUGUGUUUCAUUUUGCUUUUUGUUUCCUCCCAAAAGAAUUGUAAACACAAGAGUGUGGACGGUUUGUUGACAGAAUUGCUUUGACAGAGCUAUGUAUAAAGUGAGCAAUGCACCCACAUUUUGAUGGUUCUCAAAAAUCUGCAGUCAAAGGGAAAUGAUGUUUGGAAUGUGGAAAGGGAGGCAAAUGCACUAAAGACAGUUUAUACAU